AUCAUAUACACUCAAUUUAUUGAGAUAAACGCAAAGUUAUACAAAACCUCACGAUACUUUGCGAGAAAGUCAUGGAACAAUACUCUAUUAGAUUUAACGAAAGUGAAAUUCUAAACUCGCAGCUAAAUUUCAACACUUCUGAGAAUGCUAGCCUUGACCUCAACUUGAACAAAAUGUUUGAACCGCAAUACGCUUUCUCUAGUCUUCAGAUGACCAAUUCAGCUAUCACCAACAACGGUGACUAUUUCAACCCAGAUGCCAAUUACAAUUUCCCUGCCUUUGACAACGAAAAUUCACUUGGAUUCAAUGAUCUGGACACUGACUACCAAACCAUUAUUUCAAAUAAUCCAGAGCUGCAGUACUUUGAAGGAAAUAAAGAAAACUUGGGAAAUUGUCAUCAGCCUAACUUCCAAAGCACGCAUACCAGUCAAAACAUCGAGACCGAAAUCAAUGAUUUCUCGGAACUUCUCAAGUUUGAACCCCAGCCAGAGCCAGAGUUGGAACAGCCCAAACCUCAACUAGGUCUUAAAAGAAGUCGAUAUGAUCUGGAACUCGAGGAACCAGUCGCCAAGAAGCCAGCAAAUCUCCCGGAUAAUGUUAUUAUAGUUCCCAUCUACACUAACAAAAAGGCCAGGGUGAACAGCGACGUCAUCGAAAACAGCACAGAAAAUGCCAACAUAAGCAAACCUGCAGUUGCCGCAUGUUUGGAAGUCCAGAGACCAGGGUCCUACAAUGAUUCGGGCUACAUCGCCAGUUCACCGGAAAACCAGUUGAUCGGCGGACAGGAUGUGCUCCCUUCACCGGUGACGUUGUACGCGGGAUCCCCAGCUGUUGUUCAAGAAGGAAUCAAAGAACGAGUGGAGACGUUAAUUUCGGGAGACUACUCGGACUUGAUCGAGUUUCCAGGCAUUGAGUUUCCUACUGGAGAGAAUACAGAGAAUCAAGCUUUUGAGCAACAGAGUUUUUGCAAUGAAACUUUGCCGCGAGUGCAAUUCCUUGACAACAAUCAACAAUCCGCGCUCGUGCAAUACAUUGACAGCCACCAGCAAGAAACCACUUUACCGUAUGCCGAAGAAAUCUUGAAAGAAGAGCCCAAAGCUGUCGAAUCUGCAAACAACGGACUAUUCUCAUCAAAUGCUUCUCAAGCCACCAGCAAACCGAAGAUCCCCAAAAACGAAAAUGCCGAGGCCGACCUUUCAAAAAGACCAUCAGACUCGUAUGUCUCGAUGAUUGCCAAGGCGCUCCUGCAGGCUGAGAACAACGAACUGCCCAUUUCUGGAAUCUACAAAUGGAUCGAAGACACCCAUUUGUUCUACAAGAAGGCGAAAGAUGGAUGGAAGAACAGUGUCCGACAUGCUUUGUCGCUCCACGACGGGUUCGUCAAGUUCACCAAGAAAAGUUACUCUCGUGGUCAUUUCUGGACUCUCAACCCUAUGUACAAACCUAGAUUCGAAGCCGGAGACUACCGAAAAAUGAAGAAACAUAAUAUGUUAAAAUAUCACAUUCAGCCUCAGUGUAAUAAUAACCAGAUGAUGGCUGCUGCUAACCACUUGUACAGCCAAGGAGCAAUCAACCAACAACAACCGUUGGGUAAUAUUACACAGAGCCAAAACUUUAAUCAAAUGUAUCCCAAUCAAGGCCAGAAAUCACCUGUGUUGAUCUCACCUACGCAUGCUCACCCAAGCCAGACAUUCGCUUACCCUAACACUGGAUUCCCAGGAGCAAUGUACCCUAACCAGAUGCCGGGAUACCAGCCCAAUACGAUUUCAUACUACCCCAACCCCGCGAUGUAUACAAACCCGGCAAUUAUGAACCACUACAUGAUGCAAAACCAUCAAGGUCAACAAGGUCAACAAGGUUCACACCUGCUGAACUACCAGAAUGCAAUCUACUCAGGAGGAUUCCCAAACAACGGAAGUUUCCCGAUGAAUGGAAGCAAUAACGUUGCAAAUAAUAAUGCCAACAAUGCAACCGGAGCUUUCUGGGGAAAUCAAGGAUUCUCAUACUAAGUGCGAUCUAUCGACAUCCAGAUAACCAAGAAUCUGGA